CUUAGAUCUCGAGAAAUGUAAAAUCUCAGCAUUCAGUUCUUGUUCAUCAUCAGGCCCAUUAUCGGUCGAGCUCGGCCGAGUCCAUCUGACUUCCUUCUUCUUCCUCCCUCUUAAACCCUCCGACAAGACAAGGGUUUAUCCACCUUGCUUCUUCACCCCCAAAACCUUCUCGCCGUCGCCGUCGCCGUCGCCGUCGCCACCGCGGGCGGCAACGACCGCCGCCGUAUUCCUCCGGCGAAGCUCCUUGAAUGGCGGCGCUCAGGUUCUUGAUAUCCAGGGCGGCAUCGGGCAGCAACCUCUAUCCCCAUCUCCGACCACGCUGCACCGACCCUUCUUCUCCCGCUUUCCAAUUCGUCCGAAGCCUCCACCCGCUCAUUUCUCGUCGCCGGGACGUUAGGAGCUUCGUCUCCGAGCCGGGCUACUGGAUCGAAGAAGCCGAGGCGGCCGCCCUCGGUCUCGACGACCGCGUGCCCGCCACGGUGAUCACCGGCUUCCUCGGCUCCGGGAAGACGACUCUGCUCAACCAUAUCCUGACUGCUCAACAUGGCAAGCGGAUUGCUGUCAUUGAAAAUGAGUUUGGUGAGGUGGAUAUUGAUGGUUCGUUGGUUGCAAGUCACGCUUCCGCGUCUGAGGAAAUUAUAAUGGUUAACAACGGGUGCUUAUGCUGUACUGUACGUGGAGACUUGGUGAAGAUGUUGCUGGAGUUGGUUAAGAAGAAAAGGGACAAAUUUGAUCAUAUUGUGAUUGAAACCACUGGCCUUGCUAAGCCAGGUCCUGUUAUUGACACAUUUUGUUCUGAUGAAUUGGUUUCAAGAUAUGUGAAAUUGGAUGGUGUUGUUACCUUGGUUGACUCCAAGCAUGCUAUGAAGCACUUAAAUGAAGUGAAACCGAGAUUUGUUGUGAAUGAAGCGGUCGAACAAAUUGCUUACGCUGACCGUAUUAUAAUAAACAAGAUUGACCUGGCAACUGAAGCUGAGCUGGAUAUAUUGACUAAAAGGAUCAAGCACAUCAAUGGGAUGGCACAAAUCAAGCUAGCUAAAAAUGGAUGUGUUGACAUGGAUUUUGUUUUGGGAGUGGGAGGUUAUGAUCUGGACAGAAUCGAUUCUGAAGUUCAUGGAGAGGGCUCAUCCUGUAAUGCUCAGCAACAUGGGCAUGAUAAUGCAGGAGAGCACAAAGGGCAUCAUCAUGAUCAUGUGCAUGAUUCUGCAGUUUCCAGCGUCAGUAUUGUUUCUGAGGGUACACUGGAUGUCGAUGAGGUUGAUGAUUGGUUAGACAGACUGAUUGAAGAAAAAGGGGAGGACUUGUACAGAAUGAAGGGUGUACUGUCUGUGACUGGUUGUGAGGAACGAUAUGUAUUCCAGGGGGUCCAUUCAACAUUGGAUGGCUGUCCGGGAAAAGUAUGGGGUCCUGAUGAGAAGAGAAUAAACAAGCUUGUCUUCAUUGGGAGGAACCUCGAUGAAACUACCCUACGAAAAGGCUUCAAGGGGUGUCUUGUAUGAGCCAACCAAUCAAAAUAGAAUGGAUGAAAGUGUCGGGUAUGUUGAUAUAUGUUAGAAACGGAUUAACUAUAACAUGAUGCCGAUAUGUAGGGAAGGACUAGGGAGGGCUUCCUAACAAAUGCAUAGUGAGAAUACUAUUGCAACGCCAAA